UAUUUCUUCUGCAACGUAAUCAAGAAAACCAAUCCAGAAUGUCAGGUCGAGGCAAAACCGGCGGAAAGGCCAGAGCAAAGGCCAAGACCCGCUCUUCCCGUGCCGGGCUCCAGUUCCCUGUCGGCCGUGUCCACAGACAUCUGAGGAAGGGUAACUAUGCUCAUCGCGUCGGAGCCGGAGCCCCUGUCUAUCUGGCGGCUGUGCUGGAGUACCUGACCGCUGAGAUCCUGGAGCUGGCUGGAAACGCUGCCCGCGACAACAAGAAGACCCGUAUCAUCCCCCGUCACCUGCAGCUGGCUGUCCGCAACGACGAGGAGCUCAACAAGCUGCUGGGAGGAGUGACCAUCGCUCAGGGCGGUGUGCUGCCCAACAUCCAGGCUGUGCUUUCUGCCCAAGAAGACCCGAGAAGGCCCGCCAAGAAGUAAACUACUCUACUCAUUAAGAACAAACCAACGGCUCUUUUAAGAGCCACACAAACCUCCUUAAAGAGUGCUUCCUGCCUAUCUUUUAGUCUCUUGUAGAGUCGUGCAUCUUCCUAGUUACCGCAGUGACUGGCCAGUAGUGGACAAGGGGAACAUUGUAUUAGUGUUUACGAUUGCAAACUGCAAACAUCUUUCCUAGCUACCGGUGUUGCAUGAUUGACAACUGGCGGAAUCCCAUUAUUCUCGUCACAGGAAUCCGGGGCGUGUACAUUGAGGACCCAUUGUGGACUUACCAGGAAAUAAACAUGUCGAUCGCCUCGUUUGUCGUUUACAUUCAUCUUUUGCUGUCUGCCUUCCUAAGAUCACUUUGAUGCACAUUCACUACUCGUAUGUGAGGUUGUGGGUGAGAGGUCGAUAUCGUGACGCUUACAGGGAGGUAUCGAACAUUACAAAGUAGGUGACUGUGGAUGCCUGUUCAAAACAUUGCAAACUUGAAUAAAUCAUUUAAAUUAUA